AUGCUCUUAAAAUCUUUAAUAAUUACUUUAUAUUUAUUCAAUUUUUUAAGUGUUAUCGCUUUAUUAGUAUUAUCUUUUUCUCAAAUUUCUUCAAAUGUUACAGAAGAUUUAUGUUCAUAUAAAUUAUCACCAAGUAAAAUAGUAGCAUAUAAUAAUGAUAAACCUGUAUUAACAACGGAAUGUGCUUGGGCAGAUAGGAGUAGUAUUCAAAGAAUAAUUAUAUGUUUUAUAAUUAUAAUUGAUUUAAUUUUAUUAAUAUCAACAAUUAUUAAAAAAUCAAAAAUAAACUAUUGGUUAAUAACAUUAUUUUUAUUUGCACUUGGAGUUGGUGGUUUCUAUAUAUCAAUUUAUGAUUCAAUAAUUGUUAAAGAUUCAAAGAAAAUUUGUGAACUUGUUACUGAUCAACAAGAUACUGGGUAUGAUAUGGAAUGUGAAUAUAGAAAUUUAUAUGCAACUUUGGGUGUUAGUUUUUUAACUGCAACUUUUACAAUCCUAUCAUCAAUAUUAUCUUUAAGAUAUACUUCAAAGAUUUUAAAUCAAGUUAAACCAUUUUUCGAUGUCAGUAAAAAUUCUAAAAAUCAAAAUUUAGAAGAAGGUGGUGUUGAUUAUAAUAAAUUGAAAAAACAACAUGAAAAAGAAAAACAAAAACAAGAAAAACAAGAAAAACAAAAACAAGAAAAACAAGAAAAAAAUAGUGAUUUCUUUAAAGAAGAAUCAAUAAAUUCUGAAAAUUUUAAUAAUACUGGCGCAAUCCUUUCAAAUUCGUCUUAUCCAUCAUUUUCUGCAACAAAUUCAAUUUAA